AUGCCCAAGGAGGAUGUUCACACGCGUGAAGCCUUUCAAGUAGCCCUCUUCAGCCAAAAGACGUGUCGUGGGCGGACAGAGACGGAGAAAACCCGCGCGGGGCGGGCGCGGGGCGGUCCGGGGAGCCCAGUCCGGCCCCGCCCCGAGGAGGCGGCGGCCCGGCCGCGCGGAGCCCGGCGCGUAGACGGACGGACACGCGGGCGCAGCCGGGAGCACGCAGCGCUGCGGGAGCCCGGGCGGGUGAGCGCAGCCGGGGCGGGGCCGGGGGCGCGGGCGGGGGCGCGCGGAGGGAGGACCCGACCCCGAGCUGCCCCGCCGGCCGAUCUUGGCGUGGGGGACCCGCUCCUGCCAGCCCUGCGAGGCCGACACGCCCGGGGUCUGUCCUACCGCUUUUACCGGUUCUUCUCAUCCAACCCCUAUUUGGGUCCCCAUCGGCCUAGGCCUGAUGUGGUUCUAGAACCUGGAUCAAGACCCAGUGCUUCUUCGGGACCUGGGCCAGGGCCUGGGGGAGUGUCGGGGCCUGGGUCAGGGCCUGGUGCUGCUCUGGGACCUGGACAAGGGCCUGGUGCGGUGUCGGGGCCUGGGCCAGGGCCUGGGGGAGUGUCGGGGCCUGGGCUGGGGCCUGUUGCUGCUCUGGGACCUAGACAAGGGCCUGGUACAGUGUUGGGGCCUGGUGCUGCUCUGGGACCUGGACAAGGGCCUGGUGCAGUGUUGGGGUCUGGUGCUGCUACAGGACCUGGACCAGCUCUGGGGCCUGGACUAGGAACUGGGUCUGUACCUGGUUCAGGAGCUUUACCAUUAUCUGGGCCAGCAGUCAGGCCUGGGCCCAGACGGGGAUCAGAGACUGGGUACAAACCUACUGAGCCAAUGACAGCCCCAUCACCGCCACUGCAGCAGAAGACUCAGGCCACACCUGUGCAGGCCUCUAGGCAGAAGGUCCUGGUGACUGGAGGAGGAGGCUACCUGGGCUUUAGCCUGGGUUCUAGCCUGGCCAAGAGUGGCACUUCUGUCAUCCUGCUCGACCUCCGCAGACCCCAGUGGGAGCUGUGCUCAGGGACCGAGUUCAUUCAGGCUGAUGUCCGUGAUGCAGAAGCCCUGUACCGCGCCUUCGAAGGGGUGGACUGUGUCUUCCACGUGGCCUCCUACGGAAUGUCUGGUGCUGAGAAGCUGCAAAAAAAGCAGAUUGAGUCUAUAAAUGUUGGAGGCACCAAACUAGUGAUUGAUGUUUGUGUCCGCCGGCGGGUUCCAAGGCUCAUCUACACCAGCACGGUCAAUGUCGCAUUCGGCGGGAAGCCCAUAGAGCAGGGUGAUGAGGACUCUGUGCCAUAUUUCCCACUGGAGAAGCACAUGGACCACUACUCCCGAACCAAAGCCAUCGCCGACCAGUUGAUCCUCAUGGCCAAUGGGACACCUCUCCUAGGAGGAGGCACUCUGCGGACGUGUGUGCUUCGGCCCCCAGGGAUCUACGGCCCCGAAGAGCAGAGGCACCUGCCCCGCGUGGCGAACCAUGUCAAGAAGAGGCUAUUCAUGUUCCGAUUUGGGGACCGCAGGACACGGAUGAACUGGGUCCACGUGCACAAUCUGGUGCAGGCACACGUGCUGGCGGCCGAGGCCCUCACCGCCGCCAAGGGCUACGUGGCCAGUGGACAGGCCUACUACAUCAAUGAUGGGGAGAGCGUCAACCUCUUCGAAUGGAUGGCCCCGCUGUUUGAGAAGCUGGGGUACAGCCAGCCCUGGAUCCAGGUGCCUACUUCCUGGGUUUACCUGUCAGCCACGGUGAUGGAGUGUUUGCAUCUGGCCCUGAGGCCCAUCUGCAGCCUCCCACCGCUGCUCACCCGGAGUGAGGUGCGCAGCGUGGCCGUGACGCACACCUUCCAGAUCGCCAAGGCCCGCGCCCAGCUUGGCUACGCGCCGGACAAGUUCAGCUUCGCGGACGCCGUGGAGCUGUACGUGCAGUCCACGACCGCGCGGCCCCGCGGAUCCGCGGCGCCGACGCUCCUGCGGCUGCUGCUCGGGCUGCUGCUGCUGCUCGGCCUGCUCGCCCUGGCCCUGCACUUCCUAGGCCUGCAGCCGUCCGUCGUCUGACCAUCGCCGCCGGCCUGUCCCUGCCCCUGCUUCACCUCCCGGACUCGGACCCUACCCUGCUGUGCUCUCCAGACUUGGGCCCGCCCUUGAAUCCUGGGGUUGUCCCCACCCCGCCCUCUCGCCCCUUUCCCACCCUCCGUGUCUUGGUCCGGCCUGGCCUGGGUCUUGGUCUCCCUCUGGCCUGGCCGGGAGGCCGACGAGGUCUUAAUUUCCCAGACUGCACCGCCUUGCAGACCUUCUCCCUUCUCUUGCCCGGGCUUGGCCCACCCCGGUUCUCCCCUCCUCUGGUUCCGCCCUCUUUCCGGCUCUACUCACAUCCCUUUGGUUUCUCCUUCGGGAAUUGGCCUUACUCCUCCCUCUGGGUCGUGUCCCUCCCUUCUCCUACUUUUGAUUAGGCCCUAGCCCCGCCCCUCCAGCCUGGCUCCACCUCCUCUCCAGCCACACCUCCUAGGUGAGUCCUUGGGGCCGGCCUGCAGCGGCUCGUGCAGGCUGGCCUGACCUUUGCAAGUUUUCGCUGUCUGCUAUUACUCCUCUAGGGCCUGGGACUCUCCUCGCUGCCCGAGCUUCCCUGGGCUUGUCCUGAGAUCGUCUGCGGAUCUUGAAUUAGACCUACUCGUUCUAGGAGCA